AUGGAGUCUGGUGUGUCCAACAUUAAAUGGCCACUAAUUGGCAGUUCCUUCUCCUUGUCAUUGUCUACAGACGCUGCACUCGAGCCUCAGCAGGACUCGGCCCCCCCUGCAGCUGAAGGAGACCCUCAGGUGGAGGCAAGACACCAAUCGGGCGCCCCUCCAGGUGAAAACAGCCAAUCAGAGCAGCCCCCUGCGGCGUCCAGCACCCAGACCUUCAGCUGCCCCGCCUGCGGGAAGGGGUUCGGCACCCCCGGCCACCUGCGCACGCUCACCUGCUCGGCCUGCGGCGAGACGCUGGCGGCCAGGUGCGUCCUCGUCCAGCACAGACUCACCUGUCAGAAGACGGGCGGCUGCCUCAGGUGUGACGAGUGUGGGAAAGAGUUCUCCAAACCAAGCCGCCUGUCUGUCCACCAGAGAGUCCACCUGAAGGAGAAACCCUUCACAUGUCCCGUGUGUGCUAAAGGCUUCACCACGCGGCGCAGCAUGCACGUGCACCAGCAGAGCGUGCACGGCGGCCUGCGCCCGUUCAGCUGCGGCGUCUGUGGGAGGAGCUUCAGCCAGCGGGGGGGCCUGGGCGCCCACCUGCGAACGCACACGGGCGAGCGGCGCCACGCCUGCUCCACCUGUGGGAGGAGCUUCUCCAGCCGCAGCGGGCUGACGGUGCACCGCCGCGUCCACACCGGCGAGAAGGCCUUCACCUGCUCCACCUGUGGGCGUGGCUUCAGCGUGGCGUCCAACCUGCGGCGCCACCGCCUCGUCCACUCGGGGCUCCGCCCCUUCACCUGCCGGGUGUGCGGCCGCGGUUUCACCCAGGCGGCGCACCUGAAGGUGCACGCCGCGGCGCACGGCGAGGCGCGGGCGUUCCUGUGCGGCGCCUGUGGGCGGGGCUUCCACCGGCGCGGCGCCCUGCUGGCCCACGAGAGGCGCCACGCCGGAGCCCGGCCGCACGGCUGCAGCGCCUGCGGGAAGACGUUCUCCUCGUCCUCGUCUCUGAGACGCCACGCGCUGCUGCACGCCGCACGGGACGCACACACCUGCCCCGAGUGCCACAAGAGGUGAGG